AGCUCACAUUUCCAUUUMCAWUYACRAUCACGAUCACGAUCACAAUGAAUARCCAUCUAACGCCGUCGAUGUGGGGGAUCGCAWUACUCGUUCUUCUUUCAAAUAUAUUCUUCGUCGACCACGCAAAUGCCGUUGGGACAGGUCAUGUUUAUUGUGGGAGUGAACCCUGCAUCGAGCCCCUUCGGUCCUCUUGCGAGGAAAUGAUCAACACCUACCACUUUCAGGGAUCGUGCUGCGCGAUGCAAAWAAUCCCCGGAACAGGGGGCUGCAGAAUYACGGUCGGUUUUGGAAACUGCUUUUGGUACCCAAUUUGCGGUCGUUGCGAGGUCGAUUCCGAAGAUUACGACCGAGACAGGUGCAACAUUAUCUUCGAGGCGGACGUCGUUGAGAAAAYGUGUCCGAGAUACGACUUUGAUCCGUUAGAGAUUCAGAAGAGCCCGACCUGGUCCCCGCCGAGCUGUGCCCCAUCGAUGUCCCCCACGUUAGCUUCCGAGAAGUCGGACUCCUCGACCAUUGUGACGGGCAGCCGGGUAUCUCUUCUUGYGGUAGUUCUCGGGGCCGCCGUGGCCGUGGUAUGAAAAGCCAGUCGGCUUCGAUUCGGAUCGAUUUACGUGUUAAGAAUCUGGCAGCGKGCUGGAUUCGGUACUCUGCUUGUUGUCACAAGCUACGUACAYAGAGAUUGGGAAUGUURUUUCAAGCCGUUCGGACCCUUGUCUGAGAAUUAGACAAGUAAAAUUCAAUGAAAAGCAUAUUUUUUAAUUCARUAUUAAAAUCUCUUGUUUGUGGUUUCUGUCCUACUGUUUGCUUUCAAUAAAAUAACUGAACAUGC